UACUGUUUUUAUGUCAAAUCAGCAAAAAAACCAUGGUGACCAGCCAUGGAUGGUCCAAGACAACAUUUAGAUUGCUUACAUUUCCAAAAACUAUGGCAUUCAUGUUCUUUCAAGAGAUGCUGCUUCUUUCUUGUCAUCUUCCUUCUAUUUAUAGUUCUCACACUUGGGGUUGCUACAAUUCUUGUGAUCUUCCUUUUGAAGCCACAAAAGCCUGUUUUCACUUUCCAAACAAUAAGUUUGGAUUGGUAUAACCUAGAUACCUAUUCUGACUCAUUCCUGUUUGUUUCAUCUGUCAUCACUUUAACCCUAAAUGCUCAAAAUCCUAACAAGUUUGGCCUAAGGUAUGGUUCUACACGGCUUGGUCUAUAUAAUGAAGGAUUGCCAAUAGGUGUAAUUCGGGUUCCAGGAUUCAUUCAAUCUGCUCACAGCAAUAAUGUCAGUGUGCCAACCCGGGUUUUGUUUGAGUGUGUGAAUGUCAGCCAAAUUGUUGAUGGGGCUUCAUUCCAUGAUGGCUCAAGGAAAGACAUGAUUCAGAUGAAUAUAUUAGGUGAUGUUAGAGCUCAACUGUUGAUGCAUCAUACGGCUUUCUUAAAGAUUAAGGUUGCCCUAGAUUGUGAUAUAAAUGUUGACUACAGAGAGUUAAUAACCAUUAAAAAUGAAGUUAACAUCACAAGGGUUGUUAACAAUCACUUCGCUUCUUUCCCAAACAGCUCUGAAUUCAUUUCCAUGAAGUGCGCAUUAUCUUUCUACGCAUAAAGAUGGCUAUGUCUAUCUUGCGAGUCAGUUUUGAUGCCAAAUGUUAUGAUGGCUUCUAAACAUUGUCAAAUCCAACUAUGGAUGCCACUUUCCUGACUCAUCUUCUUGUAUUUUCCACUGAGUUUGUUGUUGCACUGUAAUAUAGUUCGAGUCACUUACGAGCAAUGGAAUGUUGGAAUGAAAAGACAAAACGGCAACUUCCUAUAUAUCUUCAUGGAUUUGCUUGCCAUUGGAUUUGAAGUUCAAACUAUACAUGGAGUAUUCAUUAUUCUCUGUACUUAUCUUAAUUAGGGCUGGAACAGAGCCAGAUUUUGAGUUAAGGGGCAGGAAAAAAGAUCAUGAAAAUCCAACAAAACAUAUAUUUAGUAUUACCAAAUAUGGGCUGAUAUGUGGAAUUUGUUGUUGUUUUUGUUGUUGUUGUCAUCGUCGUCAUCGUCAAUUUUGGGAUAAAAUAUGGCCUGAUAGGCUGA